AUGAUCAUCAAGUACCUCGCCAGCAGCUUGGAGAAGUUUGACGUGAACCUCGAUAAUUGGGCCGACAUCCCUGACCGGGCGUCUGCGGGCAUCCGAACGCCAUACGGUUACACAGACAUGAUCAUCAUGCCCGUUACGUACGGCACCGUUCAGAGCCCCAGUUUCUGGGAGAAGCUUAAGACUUUCAGCGUUCCGCUGGAAGGACCUCUUUGGGGUCUCUUCCUCGUUAUCGCCUUGUUGACAUCCUUGGCCUACUUCUUCCUGGAGAGGGACGAAUCGGGCGAUGGGUGGACUGCAGAGGGUCCGGAUGGAUACAAGAUUGAGCAGAACAUCGUGAUGGGCUUGACAACCCUGACGCAGGUUGGGACUUUCACUCCGCGUACGAUGGCAGGGAAGGUCUUCAUCUUGACCUUCACAUUCUUCAUCAUGAUUUGA